UCUUUACCAGAAAGUGGUGUCAAGCUAAAAUGUCAUUGGUUUUUGAUGCUUAGUUUCAUCAUCUGUUAAAUGCAGGUUCUAGCUAGAGGAGUGGAGUGUGAUAUAGCCUUGCUAUCUGUGGAAAGUAAGGACUUCUGGGAAGGAGCUGAGCCCCUCUGCUUUGGACACUUGCCUCAUCUGCAGGAUGCUGUAACUGUUGUAGGUUAUCCACUUGGAGGAGAUACUAUUUCUGUGACCAAAGGGGUGGUAUCAAGAAUUGAGGUCACGUCAUAUGCUCAUGGAUCAUCUGAGCUGCUGGGCAUUCAAAUAGACGCAGCAAUAAAUCCUGGUAAUAGUGGUGGCCCUGCAUUCAAUGACGAUGGAGAGUGCAUAGGGGUGGCAUUUCAGGUCAGAUGAGACUGAAAAUAUUGGUUAUGUCAUCCCAACUACUGUAGUGUCUCAUUUUUUGGAAGACUAUGAAAGGAACGGGAAGUACAGUGGUGAGUCUCCCUCUUUUGUGAAAAUAUGUGAAUUUAAGGUAUUCUAUGUUGGGAAACUACCUAAAUAUCCAGGCCUCUGCAAACACUGUCUCGUUCCAAUAUCUUAUUUUCUGGUAUGCAAGAAUUUUGAUUUUCCAAAUGACACCUAUUGGCCACUGGGUGAAAAUCACAAGGAAAGAACCUUCAAUUGGACACACUUGGGUUAAAAUCCUAACACUUGGGUUUAAAUCCUGUGAAAUUAGGAUUUUACAAGCAUCCAACCCAAAUGUCUAAAAUUCAAUUAAUUUUUGGAAAGAAGAUAACCUAUUCAGAACCUGCAAAUGUUGACUAUACCUGUUGUUUUGUUUUUAAAAUACUCUUUGUUGAAGUGUUCUAUAUUGCUUGAGGGAAUGAGUUAUUAUCUCCUUGAGGUCUUGGGCAUUUCUCACCACAUGAGUUGGGGUUGAAUUAGGCCCAAGGUCCAUUUUAUAUGGUAUUGGAGCCAGACCUAUCCAUAAUCUUGGUUUACUGAAGCGUUGAUGCCCAUGUUGUAUUUUUCAUGCUCCAGAUGUCUAGCCCUGAGAGUGCCCGGGGGGGAGGGAUGAGGGUGGUGUUAUAGUGUCCCAUAUUGGUUGAGAGAAUGUGUUGUCUCUUUAUAUGAUCUGGCGCGGUUCCACCUUAUGAGCUACAUAUUGGGUUGGGUUACACCAAAUGUAACACUUUUGAGUUGCAUGUUACAAAAAAUCCCAGUUCUAAACGUGAACAGAAAAUCCCAGUUUUAAAAAGGCUCUGUGGACGCCGUUAGACCAAAAGGUGCUUCCUGUAACAAACCCCAUCAGCUCUCACAAUGGUGAAACCAAAAACUAAGAAGACUUACUGCAAAUAGGAGGAGUGCAAGAAGCACACCCUGCAUAAAGUUACUCAAUACAAGAAAGGAAAAGAUAGCUUAGCUGCUCAAGGGAAGAGACAUUCUGAUCGCAAGCAAUCAGGUUAUGGUGGACAGACAAAACCUAUCUUCCACAAGAAGGCUAAAACUACCAAGAAGAUUGUGCUAAGGUUGCAAUGCCAAGUGUGCAAACAUGUAUCCCAGCACCCAAUCAAGCGGUGUAAGCCCUUUGAGAUUGGUGGAGAUAAGAAGGCAAAGGGAACUUCUCUCUUUUAAGUGGAAAAUUCAAGCAGAUGGCCUUCUUCUGUUCUGACAUAUUGGAAUUGCUUUUCCAGUUGCAAUGUAGUUUAAGAUCCUUGACCAUUAAAAUCUGUGUUGGGAAUUCUGUUUUCCAAUGAUUUAAACUUCGAAUUUCCUUGUCUUUCAAAAAACAAAAAUAGAAGUUUAGUUUGAAACUUAAUCAAACUUGUCGGUUGCAGCAGCUGCUGCUUUACUCUUAUGUGAGAAUCAAGUAUCUUUGUGCCUAUUGUCAGUCUGUCAUAAUGGGUAAGUUGCAAAUGAGAGGACCAAAGCAUUUCAGUUCUGAGCCAUGGACUUUUCUCUGGCAGCAAGUGCUGAUGCUUCUUCGUUCUGCAAGAUAAGCAAGGGUUGGUUUAUGAGGGUUUUCGCUUAAGAAUUUCAACAGUUGGUAUUCCACGCAUCCCUUUUUAUAUAACAAUAUUGCAAUUUGGGCAAGCAAAGAGUUGAGGGAAUGGUUUGUUGUCUUCUUAAGUUCUUGGUAUUUCUUACCGCAUGAGCUAGCUUUUGGGAUUGAAUUAGGGCCAAGGCCCAUUUUCUUGGUAUGGUAAUGGAGCCAGAUCUAUCCAUAUUCUUGGUUUACUUAGUUGUGGGCUCCCAUGUUAUGAUGUUCACGCUCUAGAUGUCUAGUCUUGAGAGUGACGGGAAGGGAGGUGUGGGUGUUAUAGUGUCCUAUAUUGGUUGAGAGAAUAUGUUGUUGUCUCUUUAUUGAUCUUGGGCAGUUCUCACUUCUUCAACUACAUUUGAGGUUGAGUGAUGCCCCUUAACAAUUUUGAGUUGCAUAUUGUUUAUUUUCGUCUUCUAGAGCCGAGGGUCUUUCGGAAACAGCCUCUCUACCCCUCCGGGUAGGGGUAAGGUCUGCACACACUCUACCCUCUCCAGACCCACUUGUUGGAUUUUACCAGGUUGUUGUUGUUGUAUGUUAUAAAAAAGCCCCGUUCUAAACUUUAAACAGAAAUUUAUUUUUAAACUUAACCAACUUGCCGGUUGCUACUGCAGCUGCUCUACUCUUAUGUGAGUAUCUAGAAUCUUUCUGCCUAUUGUCAACCUGUCAUAAUGGGUAGGUUGCAAAAGAGAGGACCAAAGCAUUUCAUUUCUGCGCCAUGGACGCUUCUGGCAGAAAGUGCUGAUGCUUCUUUGAUUCUGCAAGAUAAUAAGGGUGUGUUUGUGAGAAUUUUUUGCUAAGGAAUAUUAAAAGUUGGCACUAUUACAGUUUGCGCAAGCAAAAAGUUUUUUUCUUUUACU